AUGAAAUUAUCAAGGAACACCACUAACGUAAUCCCUCGGGCACGCCCGCCUGCCCCGUCAUCGCCUCCGUCCUCGUCAUCCCUUUCGGAGGACGAAAACGAGGAGCUUCAACGGCUCGAGCACGCGCCGCCCUUCUGGCGGAACCCUAGCGGGGACCGCCGGAAGCUCUCGAAACAGCUGUCGCUCUGCGAAAUCCCGCGCGACAUGGCUUGGGAGCGCCGCCGCCGCCAGUUCCUCCUCUGCCAGGAGCGCAGGCGAAGCAGUUUAACCAACAGCAGCAGCAGCAACAACAACAAUAACAAUAAUAGUGAUAAUAGUAAAAAUAAUAAUAAUGUGGGGGAAAUGAUGACCGAUCACGAUCUGACGGACGAGGACUUGAAUGAACUGAAAGGUUGCAUCGAGUUGGGGUUCGGUUUCAACGAGGAAGACGGGCAACGACUGUGCACGACAAUCCCAGCACUCGACCUUUACUUUGCGGUGAACAGACAGCUGUCGACGAGCCCAGUUUUGAGCCCGUGCAGCAAUGCCAGCUCGUCGAACAUUGGGGGGAGGUCAUCGUCGUUCGGGGGAAGCCCGAUGAGCGACUCGGAAUCCAACUGGAAGAUUUGCAGCCCGGGUGAUGACCCUGAACAUGUGAAGACAAAGUUGAGGCAUUGGGCACAAGCAGUGGCUUGUUCUGUGAGGCAGUCUUCUUGA